AUGCCGGCUUUGGACGAAGAAAAACCGGGGGCUUCGAAUGAAAACCCUGAAGGAUUCCGAGAUGCCGAUUUCUCGAAUCGGAAACCGAAGAGUUCGAGUUUCGGGUUUGAUGAAGAUGAUGUUAAAAGUAAUGGGAGUAUGAAGAUAGAUAAUAGAACUGUUGAACAAAUGGGGAGUUUGAAAAUGAAUCAAGAAUUGGAGAAUCCGGAAACCCGAAUUAACGGAUCACGAAGAUCCAUUUGGUCCUCGAUUCGGACACAACGGAACGACCAUUUACGAGAAGUGGACGAGGGUCCGUCGAAUUACCAUUUUAGGUCUGGUAACGUGUACGUAGAGCCGGAGGUAGAAGAUGAUCGAGUGGAGCUUUUAAGAAAAUUAGACGAACUUAAGGAUCAAAUUGUUCGAUCUCGCCCUUUAGGCGAUCAAUCGAAAGAAAAAGCUUCGUUCUUUAACUAUCCGAUUAGGUCGCAAAUCGUUAGACGAGCUCCGUUCGAUCAAAACGCGUAUCAUGGUUACUUUCCCGGGAGAUAUUUUAAUAAAGAUUCGGGCGAUUUUCGGAAAUUUCACCACCCUUCGUGUUCGUGUUUGGUUUGCUAUACUAAUUGCCACCAAGCUGGCCCUCCUCCACCGCCACUGCCGCCUGUUUACUACCGCCAUGAUCACAAACAGAGGUUCUCGUGGUGGUCAGGUGACCUUCCUCGUCCUCGGAGAGGGAUUUUAGCCGCCGGAGGGAGGCGGUGCCGCCCUGUAGCUGGGGGCUCUCCGUUUGUGGCAUGUUGCAACUGCUUUGAGUUGCUUCAAAUGCCUGAGAAAAGUAUCGGAAACACCCGAAAGAAAAUCAGAUGUGCAGCAUGCUCGGAAGUGAUCUUGCUUUCGGUUGUCAACAAGAAGCUCGUUACGAACUGUGAGAAAGGAGUCAGUAACGGUAACGAAAAAAAUAGGCGUAGAAACACAAAAUGGAGUAUCAUCGAGUCUUCCUCCGACGAUUUCGAUGUUUCGGUCGAUUUCGAUUUCCGAUCGUUAGAUCGACUACCGUUAGGAACUCGAAGUUUGACUUCCUUCAAGUCAACAAGAAGCAUUCGUUCAUCAUCUUCGUAUACCUCUGAGGCCGAUGCCGAUCUUGCUCCUAUCAAAGAUCCGAAAUCCGAAUCCACGAAACCGUCUUCACCGCCUUCGGGAUCACGGCUUCAAGAUCAUUUCGAUUACUCCACAAAUUCCCUCCAAAACUCGAUGAAAGACGCUGCGGUCGCCACUGAGAUCGAGAUCUCUGCGAGCGAGUAUUGCGUUAACACGGGCACGUCUCAAGAAUCGGUAGAUCAACGAAACGAUACAGGAGGAGGGCGCGAAUCUUUCUUCGUGGGGAUGAUCAAGAAAAGCUUCAAACUUUCCAAAUUGAAUCAAAACUUUGACAACGGAAAAGUCAACGGUACCGUUGCCAUUACGGUCAAUGGGCAUUCGUUACCCGAACGGUUGAUCAAGAAAGCCGAAAAGCUUUCCGGACCGAUACAGCCCGGGGAUUACUGGUAA